AUGUCUCGCAACGGUUUGGAAGACGGCACUCACCCUCGACAGCCGGGCGCAUUGACCGAAAACGCCACAGCUGGUACUGCGUCAGAUAUCUCAGAAAUCUCGUCCCUCGCUGCGGUUCGUACUGCUCUUGCCGCUCUACAUUCGCGCGAUGCCAUCAUUACCAACCGUCUGAAGACGCUCAGCUCUACGAAAGCGGACACCUCGCAUGAGCUUGGACGCCUCGAUCUUUUGCGCGCACACCUAAGUUCUCAAGCUAUUCACACGCGUGAGGUGAGUCGUGGGAUGCUAGAUGCCGCUGCAGCGACUGCUGCACAUCUCUCAAGUCAAGUUAAAAAGCUCGACCUAGAGAAAAAAAAUGUUGAGGAGACGUUGCGGGUGGUUGAGCAGGUGGUCGAAUUGAAAGCCUGUGUGCAGGGCGUUGUGGGCUCAAUGGGGGCACUACAAGACUGGGAGGCUGCAGCUGGAUACCUCUUUCGUGCCGCUAAGAUACCUCGCGAGAUUGUCGACGGAGAUUUUGCAGCGCGUAUCGUGCCCAGCGUCGAAAUUCCCGAGGCUCCUGGCACCACACUAAACAGCGCUAGAGAGUCUCUUUGUAGCCUCUUCAUUCGGGAAUUCGAAAAGGCGGCUUCAGAGGGUGAUGGAAGCAAGGUUACUCGAUUUUUCAAGCUUUUCCCACUUAUCGGCAAGGAAGAGACGGGCUUAGAGGCCUAUGGACGAUACAUUUGUAAAGGUGUCGCUGCGAGGGCGCGUGAUAGUCUCAGGGGAGAUUCUAAAGGAAAAGAUGCCCUUUUCUUUGCACUUGUCUUGACACGCUUAUUUGAGCACAUCGCACAAAUUAUUGAGGGUCACGGGAGUCUUGUCGAAAUACACUAUGGCAAAGGAAUGAUGAUCAAGGUUAUUGAGAUAUUGCAAGAAGAAGCCAAUGUACAAGGUGGCAUCAUUUUGGACACUUGGGGAGAUGAGAGGAAUAUAGAUAGGCGCUUAAGGGAUAUGAAGAGCAACCCAUUCUCCUACUUAGUUCAAAGCUUCCUCUCGGGGCAGAAGAAUGCGAGUAAUUCUAAACCUGGAACACCUGUCGGGGUCGGAAACAGCAAUAUUCAUGACGAAGAGGGCAUAAGCAUGAAGGAAACUGAUGAAAUAUUAGGGGAGAUUUCAAUGAUGCUCAGUCGAUGGUCACUAUAUUCAAGGUUCCUGGGUGGUAAGUGUAGAGAUCCACAUCAAUCUCCAGAGAUACCGCUCCAGAUGCCCAAACUUUUGCUUGAUUCGACCCUCUAUCAAAAAGUCUCUAACCUACUCAUCACUUCAUUCAACUCAAUGACCACUUUUUUCUUUCGAAGAUCUGUAGAAAAAGCUUUUCAGCUCGACGAGUCACCAUCAGGACUUAGCCUUAAUAUUUCUAAGCCUAUAGAUAGCAAUCCUCCUUUUAUCAUUUCGGCUGUUGACGAUAUCAUGUAUAUCGUUAGCACGGUCCUUCAACGAUCACUUUCCACAUUCCAACGAGAAACAAUAACCUCUGUCGUUCCUACAAUUAGUAGAAUCCUCGGCUCUGAUUUUAUUGGCAUCGCUCAACGUAAGAUGCGCGAUGAGUGUUAUCCCAAAGCGAUAGUAAAGGGAGAGCUUCCACCCGAGGAUAAAGUAGUUUCUUUUAUUGUCCUCCUCAACUCACUAGAAACGGCAAGCGAAUACAUAUCGCGUAUCGUUACCUCCCAUCUUAAACCCGAAGAACCAUCAACAGAUCAUGGUAAUACUCUUAAAACUUCCGUUAAGGAAAUGUUCCAGAUGGACCAUGAUGCGGAUUCUAUAACAACUGCUCUUGAAACACUAGAAGUCACAUUUACAUCUCAAGCAAUGGAGCUACAUUCAGAUGGGCUGCACGUUAUGCUUAGCCAAGUAAUUAAGCCUCGACUUCGGCCGAUGCUUACGGAAGCAUUCCGUGAAAUCGACUAUUUACUCACCGACGAUGAGGGCCAGGAUAUAGCGCAAGAAGAAGAAAGACUUCGAUCCAUAUUAGAGCUCGUUGCUCAAAAAUUCGAGGAGCGUUGGGAGGCCGCCAUGAAACCUAUCCAACGUAUCAUGAAUCCGAACUCGUUCAGCACACUUUUAGAUCAAACGGCCCGAUAUCUUGCACAGUUAUUAGAAAAGAGAGUAUGGAGUUACGCUGGUAAAAUUACGGCGCUAGGAGCACAGCGGAUGGAAAAGAUUUUUUCUGAUAUAAUUCGCAUUGUGGCUAAGGGUGGUCGGUACGGGCUUCGAGAGUCAUUUUCCCGCGUAAGCCAAAUAUGCAUGCUAGCUAACCUCGAUGAUGAGGAAUGGAACGCCAUCAAUGCUGCUGAGGAUGGAGAAGAGAGUAUGACCUGGUUCCUGAGCAGCCUGGAACGCCAAAAAGCAAGAAAAUUAGUCGGGCUAUGA